GCAGCAAAGCUGACGAUUGAAGGGAAAUGGUCCGCUGCCACGGAUGCCAGAAAUAGAGUACUGACUCGACUCAAGAAAGACAUCGGCUUAGCCACACUCUUAAACAUCAAGAAGAAGCACAAGUACGCCACAUCAAUGCUUAAGAAAUUUCUCAACAAAGACGAGGUCAAAUCAGUGUUGGGUGUCGGAAAGACGACGGCUUGGGUUAGAUGCAACAAACUGGUGAAAAAUGCUCUGCAUGAGGAUGUGAUGAAGACUGUUAAGACGAUGGUGGAGGAUGUGGUGAGGAAGACAAGGGUACUACUUUAUGAAGGAGCGUUGGAUUUGAAGGAUGGCGUGCUGUCAGUGGAGGCUUGGGUGAGGGAGAUGGAGUGGGAGGGAACUCCGAGGUUCUUAGAGGCGACGAGAGAGGAGUGGAGAGUAGAAGGGGAGGUUGCGGGGACUGUGCAGAGCUGGGGGAACUUGACGCAUGUCGUGGUUUUCGACGCCGGACAUUUGGCUGCGGCAGACCGGCGGAUGAAUACGCAGGCUAUGAUUGAAGGCUGGGUUUUGCAGAGUGGAAGUUUUUUCAGGAAAUAAGAUGAUCAGCACCAAACCCCCAAUGAUCGAAAUAAAAAAGAUAAAUAAAUAAAUAAAAAUCGACUAUUUACAAAAAUAGCAUUAUAUAUACGAGUAUUUUUAUAUCUCACACUCAAAUUUUUAAUGUGACCUUUAAUUUUUUAUAAGUGCAACAGAAAUAACA